AUGACAGAAGCCAGCGUUGCCAAAUCACGCCUUCCUGCUGUGCGCCGACACCGUCCGGGGCUGAGUCGCAGUGUUGCCGCGUGCGAGAGAUGCAGACGACGGAAGCAAAAGUGUGAUGGGAGGACCCCAACGUGUGGCCCAUGCGAAUCUGUCGGAGCGCUAUGCGUCCCUUCGCGUCGGUUGGUGGUUCAGCCACAUUCUGACUGCGAAUGCGACUCGUUGAGGGCCCGACUUCUCUCCCUGCGGAAGGAGUAUGAUGCGCUACUUCUCGAGGUUGAUCGAUUACGAUCGCGAAGACGUUCUGUGUCUGUGCGGUUCGAUACGACCGCGGGGGAUUUAUCUUCUCCCGGCGCCCUGCGGACUUCUGGCGGCCAUAACACACCUGAAGCUGGACAUGGCCUAGCAACACCGAGCGACCCUUUGAUCCAGAAUCUCGAUUUGUCGUACACUGGCCGGAUCCUGCGACCCACGUUCACACACCAGCUAAACUUCCGAGAUUCAUUCCGGAGCGCCCUGAGUAGCGCCUGGUAUUUGUGGGGCGACGAUGCAGCAAAUCCCAAUGUGAUUACUUCUCAAAGUAAUGCAGACCUUGCUGGUUUCGAUAACGCUAGUUUUGAGAACCUAGUGGAGGCGUUCUUUGAGCGGCGAUGGCCGUACUUGCCUGUCCUGCACCAGCCUACAUUUGUCAACGAUCAUCUUAAUCCUUAUCUUGCAAGAUCUGUAACGAGCCCUAUCUCCAAUUUCUUAGUGAACAUGAUCUGCGCCAUCACAGCUACAGAAAGGUCUCCGACGCAGGACGAGAACAAUCAACUGCAUCGACUGUUCUUCAAUCGGGCAGUGCAAGAUCUGCAUAUCGUCAUACAGGCAGACGACUUUGAAUGCAUACAGUGUCUCUUACUGCUGUGUAUGUAUGGGCAUAACGAACCACAGUCAGUCAAUAUGUGGUAUACUACCGGCCUCGCCCUGCAGUUAGCCUUGGGGAUUGACUUGCAUCGCAAAGAGAGCCUAGCUGGCCAUAAUCUUCUUCGUUCGGAAAUGCUCAAACGGGUGUUUUGGUGUGCAUAUGUCAUGAGCUGUAGCAUGGCAAUCAACAUGGGUCGGCCGCUGGGUAUCCAUGAAAACGACAUCACUGUGCCACUCCCACUCCCUUUGACAGAUGAGCAACUCAACGAGUCAUUUCCCGCAGCAGACGCGCCGCUGCUGCCACGAAUCAAAGACACAUCGACCUUCAUCCAUAUUAUUCAGCUCCGGAAGAUCAACGCCAGGGUCUACACUUCCUUCCAUUCCAUCGGCCAAACGCCAACCAAUCCAAACGAGCUGGAGACGGCUCGAAGCGCUUUCUGUUCAGAGCUGAAUUACUGGCUAAUGAUGGCCCCAAGAUACGUGCGGACAUCCUCCACUUUUCAGUCUCAGGAGUGGUUCCAGAUUGCCUUCCAUCAUGCCAUGCUGUCACUUUACCGCCCGUCCCGAGCGGUGCCAAUGCCCUUGUCCGAAGAUCUUCGACUGUGCAUGGAGUCUGCUAUUGGUUUAAUCAACUCAUAUAGCUCGCUGUACGCGCGUAACCGGAUAAAGUACACAUUUGUUGCCAUCCACUCACUCUUUAUGGCUGCCGUCACCAUGCUUUAUGCCUUGCGGUCUUCACCCCCACUCCGCCAUGAAUUAAGCAAGCCAGUCGUGCAGACGAAUAUCCUUACCUUUCUAACACUCUUCCGUGGUAUCUCUAAUGGUCGCGCAGUAGGUGAGAAGUGUUCAUCAAUCAUCGAGCGCCUAGGCAACUCUAUCCUUACUCUGUUCGACGAGCCUGACCCAGCUGGCGCCGACUUGGAUACCGAAUUCCAGUCCUGGUUUGGUUUACAAACACAUACGUUUCCAACGCCCAGACCCGAGGACCCGAUGGAAGAGCUGUCCGGUCAAUUUCCAGACGUCGACAUUCCCUGGACAGACCUUUUUGUUGAAGGGGUUGGAAUGGGCUCUACUGAUGCUUGGAGUUUUCUUCCGUAA